GUGCGCGCGCGCGUGCGCGUGCGUGUGCGCGCGCGCGUGUGUGUGUGAAUCUAAAUGGUUCUGGAACGUUAUAAAGUUCUGUUCUAUUUUGUCAUUUCCGUUAUUCUGUUAGAGACACAACAGUAAACAUGAACAUGGAUAGCGGAAGAAAUAAAGAAAUAAACAAGACGGAGAAAAAUGAACAAGACGGAAAAAAUUCCCCCUUUAAAAUGCCUAGGUACCUGUCACAGUACAGGGUAUUAGAAGAAGAAUGGGCAAGACAGGAGCGGAGAAGGCAGCGCACUCUCAAGGUGCACGAGAAGGGGGUUAAAGGCAUAGCGAAGGGGCGCUCGAUUAUAUCGUGCUAUAUGGAGGAGAUUGAGAAGGAGGAGCAGAGAGAAGCAGAGGAGAGGAUGUUUGAUGAUGAUGCAAGAAGUUACGUUUCUUCUGAUACCUACAAGAAACGUCAAUGGGGUUAUUACCACAAAGGGACUCGCCAAGACUUCCUGGAGAAACAGAGAGAGAUGUGUCAGCUUAAGUACUGCAAUGCAGAGAGAGAAAAGAUCAUCCAGGAUCUCAAAGAUCAGACAAUGAUGGAAGAAGCGGAGCUGGCAAAGCAAGAGGAGAGCGUUACUGACGAAGCCUUUCUGAAAUUUGUCAAGGAGGAAACAGAGAAAACGGCACUGGCUUUAAAAAGGCUUGAAGAAAGCGAGAAGAAAGCACUGGAACUAGAAGAAGAGAUCAAGUGGAAAGAGCUGGAAAGUGAGAAAGUAAUGAAGAACAUUGCCAAGAACAAGGAAAUGUUGGAUCUGGAAAAGCAGUGUGAGGAGUUUCUCUGGAAGCUUUCGCCCCCUGAGUGGCAGCAAAGGCAGGAAGUCAGGAGGAAGAUCAAGGCUGAGAAGAUCAAGGCUUCUGCCUUGGAGAAGAAACCAGCUGAGCAACAUAGCCUGCGGAAAUCCCCGUCCCAAAGCUACAAGAACACUGAAGAGGAUGAGGAGAUUACGAAGAACCUGGAGUUCGAUGAGAAGCCUCAGAUAUAUUUCACCGACCCGCAGCAGCUGAUAAACAUCAUGGAUGAGAUGGAGGACAAGACCCAACGUCUCUUUGAGGAGCUGGACAGCACUGAGCGUUCCAUGGAGUUCUGCAAGGAAUAUGAUAAGAAUGGGCUCGCAAAAAUGAAGAAGGUAAACGCUGAUCUUAAUAUGGAGAUCGAGUUCCUGACCAAAACCCUCGAGGAGCAGGUAAAGUGGGCAGAAGAGCUACAGAACAACGUCGAGAUUUUCAGAAGUAGUGAGAGCAGCUUUCAGAGAAAGGAUGAAGACCUGAAGCAGCUGAACGAGAAGAUCGAGCAGGUGUUCAGAGUCUGUGUAGGAUUUGCUCCGGACACUCAGGGCUCACGACAGAUGCUCAAAGCCAUCGGGUUAAACCUGUAUGAGCUUUUAGAGAAGUUCGAGAGCCUUCCAGAGGAGCAGCUGAUACAGAUAAAGAGGAAGUACAAACAGGAUAAGAUCACCAGCGCAAGAAAAGAGGAAAAGCUGCAGAAGUUGAGGGUUCUGCAGGAAAAGAGGGAACAGCGAGCUGCAAUGAGACAACAGCGGACUAUGGCUGAAGUCCAGAAACCUACAGGAAAGAAAGAAAUGUCACGGUCCUGGUUAGUGAAGACGGUUCACACGAAGGAAGACAAGAAAACCGAUCUCGCCAGGGAACAGGAAGAGUUAGAGAAAGACCUUCUGGAGUAACCGUGUACGGAGGAUCUAAACAUAUACGGUGCUGCUUGAACGUUUGUGACUCAGUAAUGUUCGGGUUAAGAGCUUCCACACUACACAAGCUUCGGUCCUGGUUCGGUACAUAUAAAAACAGACCAUAUGCUUGAAAUCUGAUAUGAUGAUAGCUUUAAUAUAUAAAAAAAAGAGGUCUGGAGUCUCAGAGUGCUCUUUAAAACACAAAGUAUUUAUUAAAAUAAAAAGUCUUUUCAUAGGAUUGUUACAGUAGUUUUAAUUCAUUCCUCUGACCAAAAAAAAAAGAAAAAAAAAAGUGUCCUUCACUGAAAGGUGAAAGUGUCCUUCAUGUCCUAACACUACUGUAUGCUGGGUGAAAUGUUUCAGUAUUUUAUUACAUUUAGAAAUGACACUUUUUGUUUGCACGACUAUACGUGACUACGUUGUUUACCACAAGAUGGCACACAAACACAAUAAACCUGUACAAAUAGA